CAAGAAAAGAUUUGAUAAUGCUUGUUUUAGGCCUCUCAAUCUUAUCUUCUCUUCUCCUCUUUCACCCCCUCUUCUGAGUUCAAAUCUUUUCCCUGCUUUAGAACUAGAUAGAGUAGCAGAGCUUGUGAGAGAGAUUAUCUUUGGAUAGGCAGAAAGAGGAAGAGAGGGUAUUGGUAAGCCAUGGCUAGUUGUAACAUGGCAUCAGUAGCAUCUGGGUUUGUUUUCACAUCUAAUCUAUCCUCCACCACAAACCCAUCUUCACGGAACUCAAUCUCCUUCUCUUCCAGGAACAACUCAAGGCUAGUUGUACGUGCCACUGAAGAGGCCACCACCGCCACACCACCCAAGGAGGGAGGUGCUCCGCCGCCGAAGCCUCCUCCGAUUGGACCCAAGAGAGGCGCUAAGGUGAAAAUUCUUAGGAGGGAAUCCUAUUGGUUCAAUGGUAUUGGAUCCGUAGUGGCAGUUGAUCAGGAUCCAAAAACUCGAUACCCAGUCGUGGUUCGGUUCAACAAAGUCAAUUACGCCAAUGUAUCUACUAACAACUAUGCAUUGGAUGAGAUCCAGGAAGUGCAAUGAGAAAGAAAGGAGACUCUGUGCAUCCUUAGUUUGUACUUGUAAUUUGCCUCUGUUACUGUCAGUCUAGCAUGUGUGUAAUACUCUAUGCUAUUUCUUCUCAUCUAAUUCCUACUUCUUGUUUCUGGUUAUAA